UCUCCACUCUUCUCACCUUGUGUAUAUUCUUGUUCCUUUGUCGCUGAGACUCGACCUCAGCUUUCUGCCGCUUACAGUGCGGCUAUCUCUGCACAGAAACGACACGGCGACGAAGUCCUUUUUUGUUGAAAAGCUCGAAUGCCACACCAAGAAUCGCCUCCUAUGGCGUCCGCGAUUGCUGUGAAGACCGCUGACGGCACAAACCCACCUUCUACAGAAGAUGUAUCGGCCUUACUCAACGCAGCUUUUGCCUCCAAAACCUCUCAGGCUAGCCUAGAUGCUGCUUACGGAGUCACUACCGCCCUCCUGAGCUCGGUUGGAUUUCGAGGGCUCAAAGGAUAUGGUGUGUUGGAAACAGCCAAAAAGGCUGCGAUCGAUAAGAAAAGCCCGGAACGAAGGGAGGGGGCCAUGUUUGUGAUCGGUGCCAUAUUUGAAAGAUUUCCCCCUCAACAGCCACUGAGUGAGAUCGUUCUACUACUACAAGAGGAGGGUUUAAUCACACUCACCUUGGACGCCCUGGCAGACAAGGUAAAAACGAUCAAGGAGUCGGCUCAGUACGCACUGGAUGCACUAUUCAACAAUCUGGCACCGGAGAUGAUGGUAUACGGACUUCUUCCGCUUUUGCUUAAGCAUUUGGAGAAGAAGUCUGGCAAGUGGCAGGGCACUGUUGGUGCACUCGAGCUCAUAGGUCGUAUGGCAGACAAAGCCAAGAUGGGAAUGGGCAGCGCAGAGGAAGAGCUACAGAAAGACAUCCUCAGAGAGGCCUUAGGAAGCAAGUUGGAAGGCUUGAUUCCAGCUGUUGAAGGCGGCAUGCACGAUUUGAAGUCUGAGGUCAUGAAACAGGCUCGCAAGACGAUGAACUCACUCACGACGUUGUUGCAGAACGACGAUGUCGCACCGCGAGUUCCUGUCCUCAUCAAGGCUAUGGAGGAUCCUUCGACCCAGAGCCUGGAGAAGGCCAUUCAUGAUCUUUCUCAAACAACUUUCGUGGCCAUUGUCACCUCUCCGGUCCUUGCAAUGCUUACACCUCUACUCGAACGGUCCUUGAACAACCCAAAUACGUCUCAAGAAGUUCUCCGUCGGACGACCGUAGUUGUAGACAACUUAACAAAACUUGUACACGACCCUAUCGAGGCCCGUCGAUUCCUACCGAGGAUCCUACCUGGCGUCACGAAAGUCAAGGAAAGUGCUUCGCUGCCUGAAGUGCGCGAGAUUGGAGAACGUGCAUUUACUACGAUUCAGAAAGCUAUGAGCGAUCAAGAUGGAAACACUAAAUCUGGCUCGAUCUCACGGGCUUCAGCUGAUGAUGUUCUUGCUCGAUUAGAGAAGGAGGUCAAGCUGGCUGGGGGCCUCCUAAACUACCCAGGUGAUAUGGAGACUUACAAGGUCGCGAAAGUGGUAAUCGCCGCCAUGGUCGCAGAGCUUGUCAAUCAGAGACAAAUGGAACGGAUCAAAGCUGUCGUUGGGCCGUAUCUGCAGCCCCUCAUGGCGUCUGAUAAAUCAGGAGCAGUCGCAACUGCUGUUCAUAAGUUUUACGUCGAGGAAGACCACCGCAGGUUUGGUGCUCCUGUACAACUAGAAGAAGGAGAAGUUGAGAUUGUCAACGCAACCUUCUCCCUUGGCUAUGGAGGAAUGCUGCUCUUGUCGCGCACUAAUUUGCAACUUCUGAAAGGCCACCGCUACGGUCUCUGCGGUCGGAAUGGUGCAGGUAAAUCUACCCUCAUGCGCAGUAUCGCCGAAGGCAAGCUUGAAGGAUUCCCUUCUCAGGAUGAGGUUAGAACAUGCUUUGUGGAGCACAACCAAGGGGAAGACGCUGAGAUCACGAUCUUGCAAUACAUCUCAAACGAUCCUAGAUUCAAGGACGAGAGCCAGGAACGAAUCUCGUCUGUGUUGGAAGAAGUUGGCUUUACUGCUGGUCCCGAAGGUCGCCAGUCGCAGAAAGUCGGGUCUUUAUCUGGAGGUUGGAAGAUGAAGUUGGCUUUAGCCCGCGCUAUGCUGAUGCGUGCUGAUGUUCUUCUUUUGGACGAACCUACCAAUCACUUGGAUGUUGCCAACGUGAAAUGGCUACAAGAAUACCUCAAGAGCCACACGGAGAUCACAAGCUUGAUCGUAUCGCACGACUCUGGAUUCUUGGACGAAGUCUGCACAGACAUCUACCACUACGAAACGAAGAGGCUAGUACGCUACAAAGGAAACCUGGCUGCCUUCGUCAAAGUCAAGCCCGAAGCGAAGUCGUACUAUACCCUAUCAUCAUCUCAGGUCCAGUUCAAAUUUCCGGACCCUGGCAUCCUUACCGGUAUCAAGUCUCAGACCAGAGCUAUCCUUCGGAUGACAAACUGUUCUUAUACUUAUCCAAACGCGCCCAAACCAUCCCUAUUUGACGUUACCUGUCAAUUGACGCUAUCGUCUCGUGUUGCCAUUAUCGGUGCCAACGGUGCGGGCAAAUCGACUCUCAUCAAGCUACUUACCGGUGAGACCAUUCCUCAAGAAGGCAAAGUCGAGAAGCAUCCAAAUUUGCGUAUUGGCUAUAUCAAGCAGCACGCUCUUGAACACGUUGAGAUGCAUAUGGAGAAGACCCCAAAUCAAUACCUACAGUGGCGUUAUGCGAACGGCGAUGAUCGUGAAGUUCUAAUGAAACAGACGCGUGUUUUGACCGCCGAGGACAAAGCCCAGAUGGACAAGCCUAUCGAUUUGGGAGAUGGUAAAGGAGUACGGAAGAUGGAGGCCCUUGUCGGACGACAGAAAUGGAAGAAGAGCUUCCAGUAUGAAGUCAAAUGGCUCAAUAUGCUCCCCAAGUUCAAUAGCCAAAUCUCACGCGAGACUCUUCUUGGAUUUGGAUUCCAGAAGCUCGUGCAAGAGUUCGACGAUCACGAAGCUUCACGCGAGGGUCUGGGAUUCCGCGAACUUGAGCCCAAGGUCAUCAGCAAACACUUCGAUGACGUUGGCCUGGAUCCCGAAAUCGCUAACCACAACGAAAUCUCCGGCCUUAGCGGUGGCCAGAAAGUCAAGGUCGUGCUCGCAGGCGCUAUGUGGAACAAUCCGCACUUGCUCGUCCUCGAUGAACCAACCAAUUUCUUGGAUCGUGACAGUCUAGGUGGUCUUGCCGUUGCCAUCCGCGAGUUCAAGGGCGGCGUCGUGAUGAUCAGCCACAACGAAGAAUUUGUUGGCGCGCUUUGCCCUGAGCAGUGGCACGUCGCCGAUGGCCGCGUCACGCACAAGGGCCAUCUCGCCGUCUCGCUCGACCGCUUCGAGGACUCCCGCCCCGGCAGCAGCGUUGCGUCCAGCAACGUGUCCAGCGUCACCAACAGCGCAGCACAGUCUGCGGCAAACAGCGAUGUCGAGAGUGGCGAUCUCAAGUUCCGCGCGCGCAAGAAGAAGAAGCUUACCAAGAAGCAGAUCAAGGAGCGUGAGGUGCGGAGAAGACUGAGAUACAUCGAGUGGCUCAACAGUCCCAAGGGCACGCCGCAGCCGCCUAAUACAGACGAUGAGGCGGAUGAUGAGUAGAUGAAUUCCUGCUUUCGUACAUAGUGUGAUACCACGGAUACACCGUUCGCUGUUGCAUGGGCUGGCGCUUUCUGGAUGCUUCGAUUUUGGUAUAGACCGGGACAGAUUCGCGCGUUUCGAGACUAUAGACCGUUUGUAGAUUUCCCGAUGUUCAAUUUUGAUAAAUGAGAAAAAAGUGACUGGUU